UCACUCCACUGAUUAAGCUACACAAAAACCUUCAGAGAGAGAGAGAGAGUGCAAUGGAGUCAUUCCCAGUGAUUGAUCUGGAGAAGCUGAAUAGCGAGGAGAGAGGAACCACCAUGGCCAAGAUCAAAGAUGCCUGUGAAAAUUGGGGCUUCUUUGAGUUGGUGAACCAUGGGAUAUCACACCAACUGUUGGACAAUGUGGAGAGGCUGAACAAGGAGCAUUACAAGAAGUGCAUGGAGCAAAAGUUCAAGCAGAUGGUGGCAAGCAAAGGCCUCGAGGCCACUCAGUCCGAGAUCAAUGACACCGACUGGGAGAGCACCUUCCACCUCCGCCAUCUCCCGGUCUCUAACAUCUCCGAAGUCCCCGAUCUCGAAGAAGAUUACCGGAAGGCAAUGAAGCAGUUUGCACUAGAGUUGGAGAAGCUAGCUGAGCUGCUUAUGGACUUGCUCUGUGAGAAUCUAGGCUUGGAAAAAGGUUACUUGAAGAGAGUCUUUUAUGGGUCUAAUGGCCCGACCUUCGGUACCAAGGUGAGCAACUACCCUCCGUGCCCGAAGCCGGACCUCAUCAAGGGGCUCCGGGCCCACACUGACGCCGGCGGCAUCAUCCUCCUCUUCCAGGACGACAAGGUCAGCGGCCUCCAGCUCCUCAAGGACGGCCAGUGGGUCGACGUCCCUCCCAUGCGUCACUCCAUUGUCAUCAACUUGGGCGACCAACUCGAGGUCAUUACGAACGGCAAGUACAAGAGCAUCGAGCACCGGGUGAUCGCGCAGACCGAUGGGAACCGGAUGUCCAUCGCGUCAUUCUACAACCCUGGGAGCGAUGCGAUCAUAUACCCGGCGCCGGAGUUGGUGGACAAAGAAGAGAAGGGCCAAGUGUACCCCAAGUUUGUGUUUGAGGACUACAUGAAGCUCUAUGCAGGGCUCAAGUUCCAGGCCAAGGAGCCGAGGUUUGAGGCCAUGAAGACCAUCGAAUCAUCCAUCAAUUUGGGUCCAAUUGCAACUGUUUGAGCAUAUUCCCUAGUGAAGGAGAACUCAUCUCUUCACUUGAAGAUCAGUAUAAAUAUAUUUAUGUGGGUGUCUGCUUUUUAGGGUCUUGUACUUAAGUUUGCCUGGUCAUAACAUAAACUUAAUAAAGACGUGGCUUCCAUUGUCAUGGGAUGUUACCAAACUCGAUACUUGCGUUCUUCCAUUAUACUCGCAUGGCUUUUGGCAAAAUAGUUUUUCCACUUACGAUCGAUCAAAUGUACGAUCAUCUUAUAAUGAACUUAUUGUGACUAUUUUGAUCCUA